AGCGCGUAAAAACCAAGAUGGCGGUUGCAGGAUUCGCAUGUCCCUUUGCACGCCUUCCUUCUUGCAAGCAUAUCGUUUCUCGAAAUCUUAUUCGUAGUGUUAGAAAAUGUGAACGAGUCUGCAGCCGCUAUUCAUAUCAUAGUCUUUCUUUCCUGUCAUCUUGCCACGUUGCAGCAAGAUCUCUUUCUAGCUCGUCCCUCGUGAAGCGCAGAAAUUCCAGAAAUAGUAUAAUUCUCUUCGCCUCUUCACAAGCAUUGUUUCAGCAUGAUCGUAGGUUAGUAGACUCUCGUGAGCACAAUGCUCUCCAUCCUUAAUGUAAUUCAGAAUUGUUGUAGACGGUGUGGCUGUUUUAAAGGAAUUGUUAUUGUGAUAUUAUUUAAGUUAAGUUAUUAUGUAAUAGUUAACUCAUUGACAUUAUUUGCCCUCUUUCGUGAUAUUGUACCACUUGAAUAACGGUUAACAGCAUGCAGUAACUGUAUUUUUUAAAUACACCACAUUAGAAAAUUGUAACAACAGAGUAUUUCUUUCCUAAGGCUAGGAGGGGAUUCCCCUCUCUAAGGGAGACACAUCUCUUUAUCAUAUUGCUGGGCAGGGUAUGGUGUUUUUUAUCUCUAUCCUGAAUGGCAUGUGAAAUUUUAAACAACCUCACCCUAAACAGAGUCUCAUGUGGAACUUUAGUUCAGAUUUCCCCUUGGAGAAGUAGGUCUAAAAUUUGAUUUACUACAGGCAACUGCAUGGAUGUCUAAAUUUACCUUUCUUCACGUAGAUUACUUGCCCACGCCCUUACCCAUAGUCUCUUGGAGGACUGCAAAAUUUACUCAUCCCAGACAACCAAACAGGACUUUUUUCAAAUCCUGUGAUCUGGUCAUAAAAAUGUAUUAUACCAGUACUAACAUGUAAAGUGCAUGUAAUUACCAAAAAUGUUUUUUUAUGAAUACCAUGCAAUGCACUACAAUAUAUUUUUCCUUAUUUUGUUUUACCAGAUACUGUUCAACCAAUCCUCAGGUUGAACAAUCUGAAAGUGAUCCACAGCUUUUAACAAAAUCACAUUUAUUACAUCUUUGUGAAACAAUAAAAAAGGUAACAAUAAUGUAUGCAUAAAUUUUAAUAAAUAGAGGUCUAUACAUGUAGGAUUAUUACAAAUUUUGACCCCACCUUCUCCCCUCCCACCACCACCCAAAAAAAGAAAAGAAAAGAAACUGGAGUGGCUUCAACAGGAUUUGAGCCCACAGCCUUUGUAUUAGCAUUGCAUGCAGUGUUCUACCAAUUGAGCUAUGAAGACCCAUACAUUUGGAGCAGGCCAAUUUGUUGAGUUCACCUUAACCCGCAAAAGAAAUGACAUGCUGAUGAUGAUGUGGACUGUGGAAAUAGAAAUUAUAGAUAGUAAUUAAUCAUAUAAUGAACAUCAACGGAAAGAAAUAUAAACCUGUCAGGUUCCUUUGCCAAGCUGAAUAAAUUUCUCCUCAAUCAGCUAUUAAUAAUAUGUAUUAUUAUGGUACGCUUUUAGUUUCUUCGCACUGGUUACAGGAGAGCAACCCUCCCUUCCUACCCCAAAAUAAAAUAUAUUAAUUAAUGAAUCCCUUAGUAGAGCCAUAUGAAGAAACUCUUAGUGUCCAAACAUUAUAUUUACUAAGGAGUUGUUGAGCCAGUCAGUCAGGCUUUUGUGUGAUUUCUGAACAAAGUAGAGAGGAAGCACUACUAAAUACAUUUAAAUAGUGAAUGUGUAGGUCUAAGAAGUAAAUUUAUCGUAAUAUAGGCUUUGAGAAUGUUGCUGAAAUAUGUUAAAAUUUUGUCCUCCAGGAACUGAACACUUCCAUAAGACCACUUAGAGAUGUAAGCCAUUACUACUUCGAUGGACAGGGGAAAUAUAUUAGACCAAUGAUUGUAUUACUUACAGCUGAAGCAUGUAACAAUCACACUUCUAAUUCAAGGUUUGUGUAAAUCUGGGGGUUGGAGGGCUGAAGGGUGUGGUUUUUGACCCCUUUUGGUCUGAAAUUGGGUACAGAUUUUAACCAUUUAUGUGUUAAAUGGGGAAAUGUCUUUUUAUAUGCUUUGUAACAAAAUUAAGUAAUUAUUUAUUUAUUUUUCAUUAUUUUGUUGUUUCAGAACAGCAGUUUAGGUCUGAAAUAGGGUAGAAAAAAAUCAGCAAAGAGAAAUUUGAUGCUGAUAUGUCUUAAGCUUUAAGGAUUAAAGCUUAACCCAUUCGCCCCUGAACCACCCAUGCAGAUCCAUGUCCCUUCUACCACUAACCACUUGUGAUUCCAUCAGAUUUAAUGGUCAAGGACAUCUAACUGGUGCAGAGUAAAAUGACCUUUCAAAGCAUACCAGAAUGAGCACAAUUCAGUCAAGGACCCCAGAGAAAAAAAACAUGCAAAAAACCAUGUAACACUGACUUGAACAUUUCCAUGAAAGUCUUGUUCCACCACCCACCUACCCUUCCUUUCAUUUUAUAUUUCUGAGAUCCAAAAAACUUUCCUGAACAUUUUUUGUCAACUUCACAAGCUAAUAUUUUAUGUCUGGAUCAAAAAGCUGUGAAGUGUAUGCCCUGUAAACGGCUUCGUGGUAUGUUUUAGCUCUCUAUAGCAAGACAGUGACCAGAAAACUGCUCAACUAGCUUCAAAAUGCAUUCUUCAGUAACAUUUCCAGAGGCAAAUGGGUGAAAUAUGAGUGCACACUUAUUAAUAUAGAGAUUAAGAAUCAUGUUUAUGGCUUAACUAACAGCAAACGUCAUGCGCAUUCAAGAUGACAAUUUUUCAUUUUAGGAAAUGAGCUGAUGAAAACUUUCUGAGAUAAUUUACACACCUGUAUGGAUGAACUGGCAAAAAUCUACUGAUUUCUGUGCCGACAAAGUAAAUGUUAAACAGCAGAUUAGAACAAAACUUGGUCACGUGGUAAAAAUAAUUGAUGUUUGUCAUUUGCCAUAAAGGUGAUUCUGAAUCUCUCUAAUAAUAUUGUAUUUACUGGUAUUCAAUUUUUAAGGACCAUACUACCUUCCCAAGAAACUGUUGUCAUGGUAUCAGAGAUGAUCCACACUGCCAGCUUAGUUCAUGACGAUGUUAUAGAUGGUGCAGAUACAAGACGUGGCAAGACAUCUGUGAAUAAGAUGUUUGGAGAAAAGAUGUCUGUCUUGGCAGGGGAUUACAUUCUUUCUUGUGCUUCCCAGGCACUGGCUCGGCUUGGAAAUGCUGAAGUUGUCGAAUUGUUAGCCAAAGUUGUAGAUGAUCUUAUCAAAGGUGAUUAAAUCUGUGCUGUAUUUCCUAUAAUAACCCCCAAGUAUUAACCCCAGAGCUGAAACUUUGCUAAUAUAUUAGAAAUAAAUACAGUGUAUUACAGAUGGUAUUUUAGUAACAGACUUGACAGAAAAAAAAGUACACAAGGUUGUGCGCUAAGAAAAUUUGAAGGGAGCCCAAGGCUCUGAACCUGUGGAAUCCAGGGUGACCAGUAUAUGAUUUCUGUAAAAAUAGCUAAGAUUUGCUGGUCACCCAUGGCCCCGCCCAUGGGGCCUCCCAGCACUGUUAGAGCACAGUCUUGUCACACAUUCAGUCACUUUCUGUUUUUUAUAUUUUUGUCAACUGGUGAUGUUGUUUUCUUGUUUAACAUUGGCAUGAUAAAUAAGAUGAGGAGGCUGUUUUCAGAAUUUCACUUGUGUCUCGUCAGUUUUAAGCCAUUUCAAAAUUAUUAUUAAUGUCUUUAAAAAAAACUUUUUGGAGUGAAGCCUUUUUGUUGUUUAUUAACUACAAUGAUCACACAUUUUUAGUCUCAAACAUGUGACAGAGGAACAUUUUACCUGAUUAGAUAAACAGAAUAUUUUAUGUCAUUGUUGCAGGAGAGUUUAUGCAGUUGGGAUCUAAAGAACACCCAGAUGAGAGGUUUAACCAUUACUUAGAGAAAACAUACAAGAAGACAGCUAGUUUAAUAGCUUGUUGUUGUAAAGCGGUAAGUCUUCAGACAUUAAUGUACUCUAGUAGGAACUGUGAGUCUAAAUCCUUCCUAUCAAAACAUAGUUUACUUGUACACUGAUUCAUGGUUCCGAAUGGAAAAUGCCUUGACAUUGUAAUAACCUGAUUCUAAAAGUGGUCCAAAGCCACUCAAUCAAAAGGGAGGGGUUUUAAAGGGUGACUUUGAACCAUGUUAUCAGGCUAACCAUUGUAGUAUUUCAAAGAUUUAACAACAACAUUAACUUUAUUGUAUUGAACAGAUAUAAUUACAUCAAUAUGGGGAAUUUAUAGGAAACCCUUACAGGCUUUUACAAGAUUCCCCUUAUUUGAAGUACAUUUUAGUGUAACUUAAUGGAUUUUACACAUUUUUAGGUUUCUGUAUUUGGUGGUUGUAGCCCUGAAAUUCAAGAAAUAGCCUAUCAAUAUGGAAAAAAUAUAGGAAUGGCCUUUCAGGUAUGUUUGCAGCAUUUUAAAAUCAUUAAUCAAGAUGUAACAUUUGUAAGUCCUAACUUGACGUCACUUGUUUAUCCUUUUUCUCCCAGAAUCGAUCUUGAGACAUAGACUGUAAAUAAAACUCUGUAGUUUGACCAUUGGAAUGAAACUUUUUCAGCGGUAAUUUUGUUUGGUACUGUUUGGAUAAUUUAGAAUUUUAGUGAAUCUUGCAGAUUUUUAAAUCCUUUAGUUUAUAAGGAUAAAAUGAAAUGUGUUUCUGCUUCCCCCUUACCCCAUUGGAGGUUUAUAAUAAUAUUGGUUUUAACAUUCCCACCUUUCUGGAAAUCCCAGUUUUGGUUUAUACUUUCCUGAAACAGGAAAAAAGUUGUUAAUGAUAAUAAUUUUAUUAUAAAUUGUUCUUUUUGCCAUUAUUUUAGAUUGUAGAUGAUAUUUUAGACUUUAUAUCAACUGACAUGGAAAUGGGAAAACCAACAGCCACAGAUUUACAACUUGGGCUGGCAACAGCUCCCGUGUUAUUUGCUUGUGAACAGGUGAAGGAAAAUGUUAAGAAAAUUGUCAAACCAAAGGCAUACCCCUGCAGUUGUUUCUUUAUGGUUGUCCUUUAAUAACAAGAAUUUGAAUUAAUAUCAGUGCAUUUUGGAACAUGGCAUAGAGUCAAACAGGGUCUAUUACUUUAGACAGAAUUUAAAUGAUGAUAAUUAAAGAAAAUAUAUUGAGCUUCACAUCCCACUGCCUUAAAAUAAAAGAACUGGGUAGUACAGGUCCCAGUUGUUCAAACGUGGGAUAGCUCUAUCCACUGUAUAAAAAUCUGUCAAGUGGAUGACGCAAUUGGUUUCCCUAAGACCGUAUUUAUUCGAUCAACUGCCCUGGGGACUUAUUAAAUUUUUGGACUUUGAGAGUGGGUGCUCAUUCGAAGUGGGCACUUAUAUAAUUUUCACCAAUGAUUUUGCCAAGUGUAAUAAGUUUAUUUGGCAACAAUAAAUGGUAAUGAUAAAAUGUGAAGAUGUAACAAAGCAAGGUUUCUGUGAAAUACUCUGAACAAAACUUCGUCUUCAAGCAAGUCUCUUAUAAGUACCUAUUCAAUGUUUUGUGGGUGGGAAGGGAAAGGGGGUGGGGUGGGGAGGGCACUUAUUCGAGGUGGGUGCUAAUUCGAGGUUGGGUAAUAUGGUACUUUUCUGCUGGAUGGUGAAUUAUCCAGUGGAUAGCAUUGUCCACCUUUUGAACAACCAAGGCCACACAAUUUUGCAUUUAGUACAGGCAAGCAAAGUUAAAUGUGAGGCGAGGGGUGAACAAGACACACCUUGUCCUUCACCCUCUAGCUUCACACAUCUCUCACAAUCACUUCUUGCCCGUGUUUUUCUUUGCUUCUCUAAAAAGAAACAGUGAUAUAACCUGUUCUGCAGGCUACACAGUAAGUACUAGCCAUAAAUAUAUAGACCCCUCUCAGAAAAAAUUUCUUACAUUAAUAAGGUCCCCCCCCCUUGAGAACAAGGUGGUAGAUUGUAUAACAACUCAUACUUGGUCUUAUGCUGUCGUUAGUAUGCUAACUCAACUCAUUGUGUGUACUUUUUUCAUUACAGUUCCCUGAUCUUAAUGCCCUUAUUAUGCGGAGAUUUAAAGGACCCAAUGAUGUAGAAGAAGCUCGACAAGCAGUGCAUAAGGUGAGUAUUGCCAGAAUUAAAAGGGUACCCCUUAGUUUUCAUAUUUUGUCAUUCACUAUAGGUUGACAGGAUUUAGAGAAGCUCAUUGCCCUGCUCUAAAUAUCCAUUGUACAUGGAAAAAGGCCCCUUUGAUCAUGAGAUCAAGUGACACGUCACACGGAUGAAAACCUAGUGUUAUGAGGGUGAAGUAGCAUACAUUCCGUCCAGCACAAAGCAGGCACGGAUUACUUUGUUUCCCCUUAUAUCGUGCUCUGUUUUUGUGCCCUGCUUUCUUUCUGGAAAUUAUAGAUAAUGCGUAUUGGACAAAAGACAGGCAAAAGCUUCAUGGCCCGAGCUUACAUAUAAUACGAGAGGUUUCUUUUAGCCUAGUGGGGCAUGUUUUCCUCUAUUUGACAUGAUUUAUAGGCACAGUUGUUUCCAUCACUGAUGUCAAAUUAUUGUGCGCCACCAAAGUUUUUACGUGGGUGAGUCACUUUUUUAUUAUUGCUUUUUUUUUUCAGAGUGAUGGUAUAGCCCGCUCCUAUACAUUGGCAAGCCAGUACGCUAAGGAAGCAGUGAGACAAAUCAACAAGUUGUCUCCAUCUCCCCACAGAGAUGCCCUGGUUAAAAUCACACAGGAAGUCUUAAAACGAAGAAAGUAGAUCCCUGCAACGGCUACCACUGCCACCACUGGGGGAGGGGGUACUCAACAGACGUUUACACGGGGAGGCUCCUCCCCAGAGUCCCUACCUCUUACCCUUUUAUAUACCAUUUUUUCACGAAAAGGGUACCCGUUUAGUAUGCUUUCUAUUGACAAAUGGUAUCUUUUUCACAUACCUUUUAACUGCUGUAAAUGCACUGUCUUUUAAAAAGGAAUCAAUCACAAAAAUAGAACGUUUUCUCUCGUUUUCUCUCAACCUCGUCCAUCCCUUUUGGAGCCUUUUACAGACCCAAAUGACAGAUUUCUCUUGCCUUUAAUAUACAUCAACGAGUGAAAUCCCUUACCCCUUUCGAGCGGAGCCUCCCCGUUUAGGCCAUCAUAGAGAGUACCCCCCCUCCCCCCUAGGAACUGCCACACGCCUCUCUGUGCCUCUCUCUUUGGUCUCGAAAACGUACCACACGAAAAGAGUUAAUAAACAAUUCACUUGCCCUUUGAUAACUAUUUUACUUGUGACUUUACUAUCAAACUCGCUAACGGGAUACCUACCCCGUCCCACAGUCUUAUAGUUUCUUCAGUUGAGUGUGGACAUCCUCCUGAAAUAAAUCUCCCUGAACUCCUCGAUAAACAUGAUUUUUCACGUAGGACAUUAUCGGGUUCGCCC